AUGUUCUCCGCCACGUGGCCUAGGUCUUGUGUGUCACGUGGUCCGUGCCCGCUGUCACUCUGUCACGGCUUGGCGUGCGUCGCUCCCCACGGGCACGCGCUCUCAGGGCCCGCUGCCUCGCUUUUUCCGCCUCGGUCACAAUGCUCUUCUGGAAAAACCUUGUAUAUGACUAAUAGUGCUAAGCGCGGUGGCAGCCGGGCGGGCUACCGUUGCACCGCAGAAACGCAUAUUGUCCGAGCAUAUCGUAGUACCGACGACUCUCUAGCCAUCCUGACUAAAGCUAAAACCUUGUUUUUCCGCGCCAGGGUCUGUAAACAGGCCCCAUCGUGUUCUGCCACGUUCCACAGCGGCGGCACCACCAGCGCUGGCAGCGGCGAUGAGUCUUUCGCGCAGUACGGGUCCGCGUUUGUGACACUUGAUUCUGUCUAUAAAGGUGGCGCGCAGGGGCGGUACAGAAGGCGCGGGGCAGCACGUAGAGACACGCACACACCAAAGCGCGCUUGCCACAAGAUGAACAGCAGCACGCCGUCCACAGCGACACAAAUCUCUCUCCCACGUGACUCGGGCUGUGCGCCGGCGCCGCCCUCAUACACAGCCGCCGCUGGCGAGGCCGCACGCCAGCCGCGCCGCCUUGAACUCUCGUCCCUUGCCGCCCGCGGCACCCUGCUCAAGCACCCCGAGCCCACGCCGCCGUCCUUCGGCUACAACGCCUUCGACCGCGGCAAGAACCCGUGUAUCACCUCGCACGACUCAUCUCUACUGCACGUGACGCUGGUCCCCGACAGGGACUGUUUCUACAUGGCCGCGCUGGAGCCUCAACUGCUGUCGCGACGCGACGCCGCGGACCACGCGCCUGCCUUCGAGGGCCGCGGCGUCGUAUCGGGCACGCUUCGCGUCGUAGUCAAGGGGCCCGACGCCCUACUGCUGGAGAACGUCCACGUGCGUCUCAGCGGUUUCUGCUCGGAGUUCGCGCGCUGUGCCUCAGCCGGUAGCGCCACGCAUUCCAUGCGGAUGGUCAGCGCCACAAACUGUGGUACCACGCCGUUUGUGCAAGAUUUCAUCCGGUUCGGUACGCCCGCGAGCGCCGGCGCCGCCAACGCGGCAUCGGGGCCUUCCGCGGGCCUCGUCCUGCUCCCGCCCGGUGAGUACGAGUACAGGUUCGAGUUCGUGGUAGACGCAGCAACGUUCCCGGCGUCGAUAGAGACGGCGUAUGGGUCCACGAUCUACCGCCUGGAGGCACUCGUCAGCAUGCCAAAGCGCAAGCGCAGGUUUGGCAACAAGUACGAAAGCGUGUUUCUCACGUCAGCAGUGACGCUUAAGAAAGCGCUGCAGCACCGCUACGCAGCUCUGUACCAAGGCUUCACGGCAGUCACGUCGUUGAGAGAAGAGAUGCUGGCGUGCGACAUAUUUCUCAGCUCGCGCGUCGUGGAGUUCGACGCACCGCUGCAGGUAUCCUUGCAGAUGGUCAAGCGCGACGCGCAGGAGUGUCAGGUGCUGUUCACGGACGUGCUCGUGCAGCAGACGCUGUCGAUCCCCUGCGUCGACACUGCGACGGGCGUGCUGGAGCCCACGAACUUCCACCAGGUGCAGACCGUGCGGCUCGGCAACAUGGACUUCUGCGACGAGCAGCAGCAGUGCCUCAACGCCGCGUUCCCGGAGCUGCGCGUGCCUUCCACACUGAAAACCGUAGAGCGCAACAGGUCUUUUUUCCCACACUACGAAGAGCCCUCGCUGGCCGCGCGGGGCUUGGAACCCGUGCGGUCCAGGCUACGGGUCGCCCACGAGCUCAAGAUCGUUAUCGGCGUACACAUCAACCAGCCCGGCGACCAGCAGCGGCCCAAAUCCGUGCGGCUGACCAUAAAAUUCCCCAUCGCGCUCGUAGACCCAGACAUGGGAUGCUGCGUGAACCUGCCCCGCUACGAACCCAAGUCACUUAUUCCGCUCCCUUCAGGGCUUUGCAAGCUCGAUAGCGACUCGGCGCCAUCCACGCCGCCAGAAUACUCGGACGCCGAGCUUUGA